UUGACACAAAGUCAUCUGAAAUAUCUGUCAAAACAACCGUGUAAUGGAAGAGAUCACUGAUAUCCUCCAAGGACCGUCUUCCAAACAAGGGUCCGUAUAUAGUUCCAGAGCGAACUCUCUCCUUUUCGAAGAAAGCUUGAAAGUUGAAUCCAAAGAAGUCGAAAAUGUCAGGAUCACCCCGGCCAAGAUGGUAUUUUGGGACGCAUAUGAUGGAAAGAAAUUCACUCAGUCCUUUACAAUCAUUAAUGUGGGGAAACACCCGGCUCUAGUGAGAGUAUUUUCCCCUACCUCAAAGGCGUUCAAAAUGAAACCACUACCUAGAGGACGUUAUCUAGCAUCAGGCAUGAGCAUCACACGAAAGAUAACCUACACCUACAACAGUGCUAUGGCUCUUUCUCAGGCUUGCUUGUCAAUCUAUGUGAAUGAAAAUCUGGUUGUUUACGACCUUCAAGUUUAUAUCAGCAAGGCAUACAUUACUUUGAAGCCGAAGAUUUUGAAUUUUGGCGAAAUCGACGUAGGAACAGCUUCUGAGCAAAUGGCCGUUCAGAUGAUCAACAAGGGCCACAAGGGUGCCCAAUUUGUAGUGGAUCUAAGUCGAAAUGUAUUGGAAUUGAUCGUUCAUCCAAUGAAGGGAGUUAUUCAACCAUUGGAGACGCGGGAAAUCAGAGUGGAGAUCCUCGGUUCUGAAGAAGGCACCUUCCUGAAAGAAUUCUGGAUAAAAACGGAACCACCGCAGAGAGUAUGGAUCACAGGAACGUUCAUUUCGCCAAAGCUCGUGAUGCAACGACCGAUCACUACUUCUCCUUUGACUGUCAUCGAUUUCCCGAAAACUUAUUACGGCGCUGAAAGCACCAGGACUCUGAUAAUCGAGAAUAGUAGUUCUACGUCCACGAUGUUCUGUACUUUUGCCGAACUUCAAGGAGAUCAACUAAUGUGUUUAGACGCGGCAAGAGAGGUUGAUGAUAACUUGAAAAGUUUUUAUAUAUCCCCCAAAGAAGGCAGACUGAUGGCGAAAUACAAAUGUGCAAUUAAAAUCAACUUCUCUCCUAAAAAACUGAAGAGUUUCAGUCGGAGUUAUUGUAUGGUUUUCAUCCAAAUUGUUAAGGUGAAUUACAGAGACGGAGUCAUUGAAGAAAAAGACAUUGAGGUGAAAACCUUUUCUAGCAACAUAGAUCUAGACCAGUACUCAAUAGCUUCGAUGCAAAGCAUUACUAAGUUUCCUACUGAAGAAAUUGAGGAUCCUAAUAUCUCUCUAAGGGUCUGCUUAUACGGUGAAAUAGAAGAGGCUUCAGUUCAGCUGAUUCCAGAUGCCUUAGAUAUCGACCAGCUAGUAGUAGGCCAAAGUUACAUGAGGACAUUCACAAUGAAGAAUAAAUCAAACUCCACACCCAUAGCUUUCAGAUACGACAAAGUUGCUUGCAUCGAAAUGGACCCAAAUGAAUUGUGUCUGAAACCUAAUGGAAGUACCGACAUAUCCGUCAUAAUUAAACCAUCCAGAAUUGGCCAGGUAGAAAACAAGAUUGGCCUCAAGUUGUUUCAUCAGAACAAACAGGGCAGUAAGUUUCAAGUGGGUAAUGCAUUUCUCUGCAUCAAGUAUGUUGCCACCAUCGACACUUCUAUCGGAAGACCACCAAUGACUAAGCCUAGGUUCAAUAUGGGGAUAACCCCAGCACUGACGAAUGAAGUGGGAUUCUUAGUGGGCGAUGUCAGAUUCAACAGUGAAAUCAAGAAGCCUAUCCAAGCCAUAGUGGAUGGGAAAUUGAAGUGUUUCAAAAAGGAUAAUGAUGCAUUGAUAGCAUUCCCCAACGAUAGAUCGAAUAGUUUGAGGCCGUGGAGAAGUCAAGUACCAUGUAAAACUAUUUUUGCCGGUAUUCCAAGAUAUGACGAUGUUGAUGAUGAAAAGUAUACCCUAUCAUUAGCCGAAAAGGAAUUCAAGAAAUUCAACAAAAAAUAUUAUGAGAAAUAUUUGAGGAUGAAGAAGAGGUAUAAAGACACGCAUAUCUCCUCUGGUCCUGACUCUUCCGACUACGAUAUCACUGGGAGACAUUGCUUGAUGAAAGAGAAGUUCACUCUCGAUACCUGUCCAUCUUUGCGAUUUCAAGAAAAAAUAGUGCUACAGCAUAUUCCACUACGACCUGAGAGUUUGACACGCGUCCAGAUCAAACCACGAUAUAUUCAACUGGGAGAAAUAGCUCCUUACACAUCUUGCAGUGAUUGCUUCGUCAUAAAGAACAAUAACCAGUUUUCAAUCAACAUAACCAUCAGAGCACUGAGUAACUCGGUUGUGAUAAAGGGCAAAAGACGGAUCAUUAUUGAACCAUUCCAGACCAAAAAUAUAUUCUUCGACUGCUACUCCCACGGCCUCGGAAAAUACUACGUUCCAGUAUACAUUAUCGUCAAUGAUUGUCACAUUUUCGACGCAACUGUAUUUGCCGAAGUGGUGCCCACUACAGUCAAGUGUCGAUUCCAAGAAGUAAGAGUUUGUCCAAGAAGCCACGAAGCUUACUUCAAAAUAUCGAACCCGGUCAACUGCAGUAUCACUUACAGAUGGGAUGUGCAAGACCAAAGCUACGAUAUCGUUCCGAAAUCAGGAAGCAUUCCAUUUCGACGAAAUAUCAACUGCAGGGUGAGAUUCACCCCUCAGAAAGACGCAGUCUUCGCUACCGAAAUAUAUCUCAUGUCACAAAGUGGAGCUAAGCAAAUUGUUAGAGUUGUGCAUGACAAUGUUAAGCCAGACAUAUCUUUCCACACAGACGUCUUAGACUUCGGAAAUAUUCCUUUAAAUACGCCAAUUACCAAGGAUCUGAUAAUGAGAAAUUCCUCAGAAGAAACCAUCAUGGUGUUAGUACUGAACCCUAAUCCUCUGGAAGGAAUAACUGUUUCACCUACUUCCAUUACACUACAAGGAAGAUGUGAAAUGUUCUUCAAAGUUUCCGUACACUUUAAAAGUGUAGUCGAUUUCAAAUGUGCCCUAAAUUUUGAACUGAAAGAUGAAUAUCAUCAUGCCAUAGAUAUAACCGGACAUGUGACUUACCCUGAAAUAAAAAUCGAGCCGAAUUUCAUACAGAUUCCUAAAAUAGUAACAGGUGCAUUCAGAAGGAGAGUGUUCAGAGUAACGAAUAAGAGUGCUACCAAGAACAGCAUCAAGUUUUUCUUCAAAUUUUCCUCAGAAUUCACUAUCACAGACGCUGAAACUAAUACUCCCAAGGAUAACAUAGUAUUGGAUCCUGAGGAAUCUAAAGACCUCUAUCUAGAGUUCAGACCCAUAGAACCUGCUGCAUACUCUAUAUACCUACCGUGCAUAAUCAAUGACUUGCUUGGGCCACCAGUUCUUAAUAAUCCCAGCUCCCUAGAUCCUCUUAAGUAUUUUGAGAAACUUGAUAUUACUCUUUCUAGACCAAUCGUUUGCCCCAAAUCACUUCCAUUGGUGAAUGUAAGAUGUGCAGCUGGCGCACCUUGGUUCACUUUUUCCUCGAUGCGAUUGGAGUUCAACAAUUACGAUGGCAAGAAUAUGGACCAUUUGAUUAUUAAAAACAUUUCUCAGGUAUCUCAUACCAUAAGGCUAUCGUUGUCAAAAGUUGAACUACCUUUCAGCAUAGCAAUGCAUUGUUGUCAAGGGAUUUUCGAAGUUAGUGAGCGCUAUUUCAAGGUGAAUCUAGCACAGAAUCAAGACGUCAUGUUCAACAUUGGGUUCAAUCCAGAAGAAUACGGGAGCUUUCGAACCGAAGUGCCGAUACUAGUUGACCAAGACAAGUGUCCUUUCAACAUUCUCACUCUGCUUGGAAAUAACCCGAUGCCAGAGAUACUUUUCGAGCCUGAAAUUUUGUACAUGCCAACAAUAGCUGUUCUGGAAAGGAUCGUCAAAGUCGUCAAUUUGACUUUCCUGGCUCACAAGAGUGACUGUAAAGUAGAAAUAGAAGUUGAUGAUGAAAAUAUAGAGUUAGUGAUGGAAGAAAAGAGAUAUUCCACAGACUUUUGUUCCAAGCUCGAUAUAACAGUAGUGUUCAAGCCACAAUACCAGUGUCAUGUUGUAUGUAAGAUAACAGUGACUUGUUCUUGUGGAAUAAGUUGCGAUGUCGAAGUGAGAACAUCAUCAUGUAACGCUAGUCUUGUUUCUUAUCUUAAUAAUAUGAGUUUGGGUACAAGAACAGAUUUUCCUUACUUCCCAAGUGAGGGGGCCGAUGGACGGUUCUUGAAAGAAAUGACUUCACUAACGACAAGCUUAGAGAUGUGGUUGCACUCACAAGGGUUCUACUACAAAAACUACUAUAAGAUACCUGAUACUAUUUCAAGGUUUCCUUUUGAGAUGCAUAAAUCAACGCCAAACAACAACAAAACCUUCCAUUUGCCUUUAGUUCAGCUUCUUGUGAAUAUAAUGAAUAAAUCAAUUUUGAAAUUCAUCUGUGACACGAAAUCCAAACCUUCGCCCGAUUUAAUUCAAAGAACAAUAUAUGUCUAUAACGUAUACAAAAAUAUUAUACAUUUCAUGGAGUCCCAAAAAGUUUUUGUGCAGCAAUUAUGCCCUGAAUUUCUGUUACCAUACAACAAAUACCUCAUACUGAAAAACGUUCUGAUAGACAAAGAUGCUGUUUCAACUAGAAAUGUAUUGAACGAGGCACAAUUCUAUCGAAUGAGUAAGCAAUGUUGGAUCGAUUUACUCCUUAAUAUCUACAAGACGUUUGUGUUUGAUAGAACACUGAGUAUCGUUAAACCAAGAGAAGAGGAAGUGAUAUACGAGAAGGCAUUUUCAGAAUACGUAGACAUGAAUAAAUGUAAAUUCCCAAAGCAUACUGACGAAAAUGAAAAUAAACUGCUCUUGUGGUUAGAGUUUCAUUUCAACAAACAGAAGUCAAUACUAUGGCCAGGACAAGAUAUCAAGUCCAGGAGUAUCAGAUGCUUCGAAAAGGAUAUCAAAGACAGUAUGGUCCUAGCCACCUUGCUUGUGGCGUAUUGCCCAUAUAUCUUGAAUGUACUUCAAGAUAGUUACAAUGAUUCUGAUAUGAAUGGUGAUAUGGAUGUUUUGCUUUUCCACAAUGCAUGCUCAGUGUCAGGAGCUUUGAGGAAGCUCAAUCUUUCUUUCACGAUGAAGAUAUCCAACAUAUUCGAACCUACCAAAAUUGAGAUCAUCAUGCUACUGACAUACUUGUACGACGUUCUUCCGUAUUUCUAUCCACAAGAAAGUAUAGAAAUCAAGGCAUCACUCGGCGAGACAGCGUCCAAUAAUAUAACUCUGAAAAAUUGCGGCAAUGUCCCUAUAGCCUACUCUAACAGUCUCUUCUUGAAUGAAUCCGAGCAGUUUCAGAUCGACUCUACAUUGAUUGUGAUACCUCCGAUGAAAGAAAAAGUUCUGAAAGUUUCCUACACUGCGAAAAGUUUCCUCAAAGCCAGAGCGGUCUUGGUUCUGUCAGGGGAAACUAUCGGGUACAGGUUUGCUAAAAGUAGAGCAAUCAACUUGAUCGGUAUACCAGAUAUUUUCUUCGUGACUGAGGAGUAUAACUUCAAGGUCAACACGUUCGAAACCAUCAACAAGGUGUUGCACAUAUCCUCACCGUACGAGCAAAGCUAUAUGGCUAGCAUUUACUUGUAUGUGGAAGAUGAAAAUUCGAAGACUGAAGACGAGCAAAAUUUUGUAACAUCAAGCACUUUGAUAGCGGACAACGUACCCAGACAGAUUUGUAUAGUCCCCGAAUGUUUAUUCGACGACGAAGGGAGCUAUGCGAUGAAUUUAAAGCUGUGCUUCGUGACUUGUGAAAACUACAUGAGAUACGUGUAUUUCAUGAACAAAGAUGUCGGUGUUUUUUGCAUCAAGAUAUCCAUCCAAGCAAGCUUCAAUAAAAAAAUCUUCGAAGAUAUCUCAAUCAAAGUACCCAGGAAUUUUCGGGCCACGGAGCCAUGUAACUGCAAGAGAGGAGUUCCCAACAAUCUUUGUUCCAAGUUCUUUCACUUUGAAGUACCCUAUAGGAAUCCAUUUUUGCUUGAAGGACUGAAGAAGAUGAUAAAUAAUUCGUUGAAUCCGGAUGAGUACGACUUCUGGGUCAAAAAUCUAGUUCAUCCGAAAGGUUUUCAUCUACUCAGUAAAUACCUAAGCAACACAUUUGACGAUCGUUUUCUUCCGUUCAAAAACAUAUUGGAUACGACUGUCACCUACAAGGCUACAGUCAAUCGAAAACGGUAUGUGAUUGACCCUCUCAUUCUGAUGACGGACGUCACUAUUGAAGGAGGUUGUAAAAUAUUCAUCCACUGGGAGUCCGAGGAAUUACCCAAGGAGGAAAUGCUGGUUUUGGAAGCAGACCACGGCAAAGAGAUCAGGCAAUAUAGAUUGGUGUUUGUGAACAAAUAAAUAUACUUCUAGAUGUUUC